CUUCAACAAACCUCGCGCUCAUCACCCCGUGUUGGGCGCCCUCCGAUAGUUUCCAAUUUCAUUUGACGAAUUCUUCGAUUUCACCAGCGGGUACCAGGACCCGCACUACAACAUCUCGACAUGCAAUAUACCUCUGCCACCAUGCAGUCCGGCUUUGCCCGACCCUACCGCCUGUUCUGGAAGCCGUCUAGACUCACUGUCGGCAUCAAGCCUCCAUGGACUACACUCUGCUGAGUGGCAACUUGCGCCUUCUUAUUCCGCUCCUCAAGACAACAAUCAUUUAAUCGACACUUCUUCCCUUUUGUCCAACUCUUCCGCCUCGACUGGCAAUCUUAUCGUACCGGACGCCUCUCUUUACCUCACCGCCGACCUCAACCUCUUCUCUACUGGUGAUUCGCCGUAUCUUGGUCAUGAUUUCCAACUGUUUCCCCAAGGCCAUGCUUCACUUCCUACUGCUGGAGAUACUAUCGAUACGCUUGCUAUGGCUCAAAGCAUGAACCUUUCCAACAACAUGGAUACGGCAGCGCAAAUGGCCAGAGAUGACUCUCAGUCUGGUUCUUCUUGGACAAGCCACAAGGACCGGAGCUCGUCAUCUCCUGAGCACGUUUCUUCAUCCAAGACAUCGUCUACUAAGAGCAGUCCUGUGGUACAAGAGCCCGCUUCGCGUAUUGAGAAACGAAAAGCCAAUACGCUUGCUGCCCGUCGUUACCGCCAGAAGCGGGUUGAUCAAAUGAGUACUCUGGAAGCUGAACUAAAAGAGAUCAAGGCCGAACGGGAUGAGCUCAAAGUCCGCAACGCCAGGCUUGAAGGCGAGGUGGACACUCUCCGUGCUCUUCUUCGUGCACAAAAGUAAUAGUGCAUGGGCAGAUGAGCAAAAGGGGUGGGUUCUGACCUUAGGGGUAGGACAUGGUCGGUUCGUGGACUUUUGUAACGUGUCCAUGUGCAUGUAAUACAAUUCAAUUCUUUUUCUACGAAUGCUACGAAUGAUUGCGAAGACUCAUAAUGGCGGCAGUCUUUGGUGCAAUAGUCCUUGCCAGGAUCACAUUCACUCAUGAUGACGAAGAAGCAGAAGAAGGGCAUGGUUGAAAGUCACGAUGAGUCUAGGCAAGUUGGGCGCAGCUUAAUUCGGUAGGGUAGUCAUGGAACACUCAAGGCUUACGCCCCGACUUGAGGCAUUUCCUCUGACAUAUCAGCUUCGGUGGCGCACUCACAUAUGUGCACUGAGAUCUACUGUUACAUACUAGGC